AUCCAGCUCCAAGUUGAAAUUAAUGGAACGCUACGAGCGUCUGGGCAAAUUGGGUGAAGGGAGUUAYGGUAUGGUUUUUAAAUGUCGAAAUCGAGAGAAUGGUAACAUAGUAGCCAUAAAAAAAUUUGUUGAAUCCGAGGACGAUCCGUUAAUUCGAAAAAUUGCUCUACGUGAAAUACGCAUGUUAAAAACAUUGAAACAUCCAAAUCUGGUGAAUUUACUCGAGGUGUUCCGCCGAAAAAGAAAACUUCAUUUGGUGUUUGAGUUUUGUGAGCACACAGUACUCCACGAGCUCGAAAGACAUCCAUAUGGCUGUCCAGAAAUAUUUACCAAGCAAAUUAUUUGGCAGACUUUACAAGCCGUUGCGUACUGUCAUCGACACAAUUGUAUACACAGAGAUAUAAAACCGGAAAAUAUAUUACUCACAUCCCAAGGGGUGGUGAAACUCUGUGACUUUGGAUUUGCAAGACUAAUGAGUCAGUAUGAUAAAAUCAUAUUAAAUUAA